UCCUCAUACUCUCAGACCCACACGAUAGUCAGUCAUAGCAGCAACAAACCACCGCCAUCUCUCUGGUCUCUCUCUGCGUGACUAAUUUUUAGUAUUCGCUGUUUCUUUCUUUUUUGAAAUGGCUUCAGCUGCUACUUCAUUCUGCUCUCCACCGCUCACGAGCUCCCGCGCUUCCGUUCUUCGCCAAUGCCAGCAGCUGAACCCUAAUAGACUCUCAUUUCCAAUCAACUUGAACACCGCUAAAAGAGCACCGAAUCUCACUGUUCAACAUGCGCCUCUCCCUCUCAAGGUUCUCUGCGCUCGCGGAAAACGAGGUACAACGGCAAAAAAACCUGCCACUUCUGAUCCAGUUUAUCGGAACCGGUUAGUUAACAUGUUUGUCAACCGAAUCUUGAAAAAGGGGAAAAAGUCACUGGCUUAUCAUAUCAUCUAUCAAGCAUUGAAAAAUAUUCAGCAAAAGACACAAUCAAAUCCAUUAGCUGUUUUACGUGAGGCAGUGAAUGGAGUAACUCCUGAUGUAGCGGUAAAAGCAAGACGUGUUGGUGGAUCUACCCAACAAGUUCCUAUUGAAGUAGGAACAUUCCAAGGAAAAGCACUUGCUAUCCGUUGGUUGUUAGAGGCAUCUCGAAAACGUUCAGGACGAAGUAUGGUUCUCAAAUUGAGUUCUGAAGUUAUGGAUGCUGCCAAAGGGACCGGUGAAGCCAUAAAAAAGAGGGAAACCACUCAUAAGAUGGCAGAGGCUAAUAGAGCUUUUGUGCAUUUUCGUUGAUCCAUGAACAGGAUUUAAUGUAGACAAGUGGACUAUUGGAAGGGAUAAGCGGAGGAAAGACUUAUAUUUGACCUAUGUACUUCUUGAAAUAAAUGGAUAGAAGUUCAAGAUGAAAUAUAUUGCUUUGUAAUCUGUUUCUGUGAAACAUAAUCUUUUGUAUUCCAUUUAUGUCAUGUUGUUAAUCUCUCA